AAAUUCUUCAUUUCUGAACAUACUCACAAACACUCAAUAUGAAGCAAACUGUCGAUCAAAAUGAAGCUGUCCUAUCUGAGGCUCUACUUAAGGUGGCGAAACGUGAAUUGCGCGAAGAUAAAUGUACACGCGAACAAAGUCUGGAGCAAUUUCGCAAUUGGCUAACGAAAAACGAAGACAUACGCAACAUGCGAAUGGACGAUCAUUUUCUGUUGCGUUUUUUGAGAGCUAAAAAAUUCAGUGUCCCAAUGGCUGAGCAGACUUUACUCAAGUACUUGAAUGUCAGACGAACAUUUCCCGAGUAUUGUACACAGCUGGACUUGAAUGAUGAGAAAAUCAUUGAUGUGCUAAACAGUGGUUAUAUCUUUGCCACGCCUAAGCGUGAUAAGCAUGGUCGUCGUGUGGUCAUCAUUAAUGCCAAAGGUUUUAAUGCCAAGAAAUAUACCAGCAUGGAUCAGGCCAAAGCUCACUUUUUAACCUAUGAAUAUCUAAUGGAAGAUCCCCAGACCCAGGUUAUGGGUUUGACACAUGUUGGCGACUUUUCGGGUGUUACCACAGCCCACAUUACUAAUUGGAAUCCCACCGAAUUUGCCCGUCUCUUCAAAUGGGGCGAACAGUCUUUGCCGCUGAGACACAAGGAAAUCCAUUUGGUCAAUGUACCCUCCACUCUUAAAUGGUUGAUUGAUUUUGUGAAAAAUCGUGUCAGCUCCAAAAUACGCAAUCGUCUUACCGUCUAUACCAACGACAAAGAUUUAACCAAAGCUGUUGAUACCGAUUGUCUGCCCUUGGAACUGGGUGGCAAAAUGCCUCUCAACGAAAUGGUGGAAUUAUGGAAACAAGAACUGAAAGAAAAACGUGAUGUUAUUGCGAAAUUAGAUGAAAUUAGCCUGCUAAGUGAUCGCGGUAUACAACGUAAAAGUUCUUACAAUGCCGAGAAGAGCAAUGGACAACCUACAUUUGUGUCACAAAUCGAAUCGAUACAAGGAAGUUUUCGAAAAUUGGAAUUCGAUUAAAAUUAUUAAUUGAAUGAAAUCUUAUUUUAUUAUAAACUUUUUUUUAAAGCAUACUAAAUCAAUAUUAGUUUUAAGUUAUAAAAGGAAAUGUAUUUCUGAUUAGAUUAAGAGGAAUUUCUAUUGAAUUGAAUACAUGAUUACAUAUAUUUUCAAAACUAUUGUUUUGCACUAAAUUAAUUUAAGAAAUAAAGCAUACAAAUUAAAAUGAAAA